CGGUGGAAAGCGGAGGAGCGGCGGCUGCCAGAGCUGCGCCCAGCAACGCGCUGCUUCCCGCUCCCCCACACCGGCCUCGGCCCGCUCACCGGCUGUAGAAAAUGGUGAAAGAAACUACUUACUACGAUGUUUUGGGGGUCAAACCCAAUGCCACCCAGGAAGAAUUGAAAAAGGCUUACAGGAAAUUGGCUUUGAAGUACCACCCUGACAAGAAUCCAAAUGAAGGAGAGAAGUUUAAACAGAUUUCUCAAGCUUAUGAAGUGCUCUCUGAUGCAAAGAAAAGGGAAUUAUAUGACAAAGGAGGAGAACAGGCAAUUAAAGAAGGUGGAGCAGGUGGUGGUUUUGGCUCCCCCAUGGACAUCUUUGAUAUGUUUUUUGGAGGAGGAGGAAGGAUGCAAAGAGAAAGGAGAGGUAAAAAUGUUGUGCAUCAGCUCUCUGUAACCUUAGAAGAUUUAUAUAAUGGUGCAACAAGAAAACUAGUUCUGCAAAAGAAUGUGAUUUGCGACAAAUGUGAAGGCCGAGGUGGAAAGAAAGGAGCAGUAGAGUGUUGUCCCAAUUGCCGAGGUACUGGAUUGCAAUUAAGAAUUCAUCAGAUAGGACCUGGAAUGGUUCAGCAAAUUCAGUCUGUGUGCAUGGAGUGCCAGGGCCAUGGGGAAAGGAUCAGUCCUAAAGAUAGAUGUAAAAGCUGCAAUGGAAGGAAGAUAGUUCGAGAAAAGAAGAUUCUAGAAGUUCAUAUUGACAAAGGCAUGAAAGAUGGCCAGAAGAUAACAUUCCAUGGUGAAGGAGACCAAGAACCUGGACUGGAACCAGGAGAUAUUAUCAUUGUUUUAGAUCAGAAGGACCAUGCUGUUUUUACUCGGCGAGGAGAGGAUCUUUUCAUGUGUAUGGACAUACAGCUGGUUGAAGCACUGUGCGGCUUCCAAAAGCCAAUAUCUACUCUUGACAACAGAACCAUUGUCAUCACCUCUCACCCAGGUCAGAUUGUCAAGCAUGGAGAUAUCAAGUGUGUGCUGAAUGAAGGCAUGCCAAUUUAUCGUAGACCAUAUGAAAAAGGACGCCUAAUCAUUGAAUUUAAGGUAAACUUCCCUGAGAAUGGCUUUCUCUCUCCUGAUAAACUCUCUUUGCUGGAAAAACUCCUACCUGAGAGGAAAGAAGUAGAAGAGACUGAUGAAAUGGACCAGGUAGAACUGGUGGACUUUGAUCCAAAUCAGGAAAGACGGCGCCAUUUCAAUGGAGAAGCAUAUGAGGAUGAUGAACAUCACCCUAGGGGAGGUGUUCAGUGUCAAACCUCUUAAUGGGGCCAGUGAACAACACUGCUGGCAUUCUAUGUGCAGUAGUGAACAAGUGAAGGACUAUAAUCAUAGCUCACUACUUGCUAUUGUUUUUGUUUUAAUAUUCAAUAUAGUAGUGUUUUAAAAGUUAAAUGAAGAAUAAAAUAUAUAAAAGCUCUGACUUUGCCCUGUAUGUAUGAUGACUUCAGUGUGCAAGAUAAGUUUAAUACUUGUAAAAACUACUUUUAAAAAAAUCUCCCCUAGCAUUUCUUAGACCCUACCUUGUAAUUGAUUUCAGCUCUAUGUACAUGAAAUAGUUUAGACUGAAAUGCUAGGUAUAUGUAUUGACUUCAGUGUAUGACCCUUAAUUGUUAAGCUAUGAAGUUAAAACUUGUGUUUAAUUGGGAAUCAGAAAAAUAACUUAAAUUCGUAGAGAGGUGUUGGUCUGUAGUUCUGUUAGGUGGGAUUCAUUGUGAUGCUUCUGCAUUUAUUCUCUUGCCUCAGCUGUUAGUUGAAGAUGGCAUGCUGUAUAAUUUGGCCUGUGGUAUCCGUGAUGGAAAGGAUACUUUUCUAAAGAAGGGGUUUAUCUGCUGUUUGAGGGCUUGCACUUGGAGAAUUGCAUUCCCUUCUGCUGUGCCAUCUUUUUUUUAAACAUAUAUAUAUAUAUCAGUCCUGGUUACCCUUUUUUUCCUUCUCUUUGGACCAUGAUAAACUUCAGAGUAGUGACUUUGGGAGCAGGGUAACUUAGAGUAAAGAGACAUUUACACAGAGAAGCGAAUUUGCAUGUAUGAGCUAGGAAGGUGUUUUGUAGGUAUGCUACAGGCUUACUUAAACCAUUUAACUUAACGCUCUGAAGUAACUGUAAUUUGAUGUUGGUAGUAUAGCAGAUUAUGAAUAGCUUUAAUUGUAUGUUUAAAACUCAUGUUCACAAGCUUAAAUCUGGAUAUCAGAAUUAAGCAAUUCUUGAAAUGUAUGAAUGUCUCCUUAAUAUACUGAUUACAAAGCA